AUGUCCCACGCGAGACAGUGCCUCUUUAAAAAUGCACAACUUCACAACGAGUUGAAAUCGACGUCGGAGUCGCUGGCGCACUCGGCUAACUUCAGUCCUAUUCUACAUUCAAACGCGUACAGUCCAGUCGUACAUACAGUGCCGAUAAUUGAGCGAUUUCAACGAAAAAUUGAAAAUCGAACUGGACUUAUUUAUACCGAGCCAAAGACAUUCCAGCGUCACUAUUUACGUGAGUUCUAUUUUGGAGCGUUUAUUACGGCGGAUGCACGGGCGGCCCCGCGCGAGAGUCGAGCCACUCUGCUGUUAUUAUAUUCUGGAGCACGCCCGCCUUACUUCACGUUUCGAGUGUUCCUUCUAGCACCUAUGAGUUUAUCUAGUCUACGUCACACUGCUCGCUCGGUGCAGCCGCUUGCAUCGUUAUAA